AUGGACAGAGCGCAAAAUUUGUCCAGGAUCGAUGAGGCAAAGGGGAUCAUUGAUAAGAUGAAGGUUAAGUUCCCAGAUAAAAUUGAGGGAUGGAAGGAGACUUCAAAACAGGGAGGCUUCCCCAAUAUUCAGUCUACGCAACAUGUUCCCAGUACAAGUAUUUCAUCGGGGCUUCCUCUCCCACAACAAUUGCUUGUAUACUCUCAGCCAACUCUGCCCCUUGGGCCUUUUACCAGCCUGGUUGGCUAUCCAUAUUUGCCUCAGAACUAUUACCUACCUUCAGCGCCAUUCCAGCAAGCGUACUCAAGUAAUGGGCCUUUCCAUCAAUCUGCUGCUCCUGCCGUGCCUGGAGCUGGUAUGAAGUAUCCAAUGCCACAAUACAAGAGCAGCCCUCCUGCUUCGACCCUACCACAACCAUCAUCACUCUCUGGUUACGGAGGGUUCGGAAGUGCAAAUAAUAUCCCUGGAAAUUUCAGCCAAAAUCAGGGUGCUGCCGCUGCACCCACAACUUUGGGAUUCGAUGAAGCUUUAGGCACACAAUUCAAACACCCCAAUCAUUAUGCAGCACUACAGCAGAGUGAUAAUUCAACAAUGUGGCUUCAUGGAGGCGCUGGUUCAAGAACAAUUUCUGCAGUUCCGCCUGGUAACUUCUAUGAUUUCCAGGGCCAGAGUCAGCAUGGUGGCUUCCGCCAGGCACAUCAGCCAUCUCAGUACGGUGGUCUUGGGUACCCAAGCUUCUACCAGUCGCAGACCAGUCUGCCACAGGAGCACCCCCAGAACCCCACUGAGGGAAGCUUGAACAAUCCCCAGGGGGUGCCAUCCCAGCCUUCACACCAGCUCUGGCAGCACAUAUACUAAACCUUCUGUGCUCUCCUAGGAGAUGCCUCUACGCUGCCAGGCUACUUGCAAGCCUUCUUGGCACGCAGCACCGUGAAGCGAGCAGACUAGCUGAGCCCAACAACAAUGAAAUGUGUUGUUUUUCUUUCUUUAUUUUUUUCUCCAGCUGUGUGUUCUGGAACUAAAUUAGGCUGUCGUGGUUUUUACUUUAUAGUGAGUGGUGUUGCAGUCUUGCAGAGGUGCUAUCUUGUAACGGUAAAGUCCUAACUCAUCUAACAUAACUGCUUUUCAUACCCCUGUAAUGUGACAUUUUGUUCUUGAUGCCUA